AACCGAAGAGCGUCAAUGGAGGUCAUGGUCUGUAGAUCAGUGCAGCGUUAAUUUCUACUUCAGCACGAAGGAUCGUCAGUGAUCUUAUCCUCUCUGCAAAAUGAUCGAAUCUGAUGUAAGAUAUCAUGUUACGAUGUGUUAUUACCGCGGUUUUACUGAUCUCUACAUUUCAAGAAUCGACUUAUGCCCUACGAUCGAAAACGUCCGUCGAAAAACGAGUAAGACGCCUGAUUCGCUCCUGGGCUCCGCUCGUUUGGCUCGCGCCUGGAGAGGAAUUCCUGCCACUCGGAGUACCGGAAUUCCUGGAUAACGUCGAGGCUGUAAACGACGGUGAUUACCUGAACACCCGACUUGACGUGGAAAAGCUGCUACGAAAUAAGACCUCGUUUUUGUACGGAAAAAAGCCGUGGAUGGACUCGGUGCCGGUUUACGCUCUGGUCGAGAACUGCGCUCUUAUUUACAACACUAGCGGGGAUCAUCCGGAGACGAAGAAGGAGGCAUUUCGAGAGUCUGAUAUUGAGACUAAGGAAAGCAUCGCGAAGACCAGACGCGGCGAAGAAAACGGCGUUGAUCGGGAAGUCGAAGAGAGCCUGAUAUACGAAGAGAAGAGGACUCGGCUACCUCACUUCCACGUAACUUACUGGAUGUUUUACCCGUUCAGCGAGGGGAAAACCAUCUGCGUAUUGGACCUCGGGUACCUGGGCUCCUGGCCGAUUCCUCUCGUCGGCGGAAAAUGCUUCGGUCAAUUCAAGGAGUACGGUAGCCACGUCGGUGACUGGGAGCACAUGAGCCUGUUUUUCAAGGGCGACGAUCAUCCUCUGGCGAUGUACGUGUCGGCCCACGACGCUGGCGCAUUUUAUCGCUACGACGCGACGGGCAAGGACUUCAUAUACGAAGGACAAGAGACCAGGAAGGGGAUAUUCCAGAAGCCGAUAUUUCCCGAUUACGUUUACACAGCCGGAGGUUCGCAUCCGGUUCUCUUCAGUGCGAAAGGGUCCCACGGGCUCUGGACUGCUCCGGGGAAGCAUAAAUUCGUGCGAUUGCCCCGAUUGUACGACGAAAGCGGGUUCGGAUCGCCCUGGCCGACGUGGAGAAAGGUGGAGAUGCUACCUAGGGAAAAGCGGGACGCACUUCCUUCCUGGAUGAAUUACAGAGGGCGAUGGGGAAAUCCAAAAACAAACUGCCAUCCCUUAGCUAAGCUAGGUAUUAAUUUUUGCCAAUUUGUUGACGGUCCAACAGGGAUUCCAUUGAAAAAAUUCAACUUUCAUUGCUGAGAACUAAUCCGUUCUUAGGCCUCAGACUAUCUUUGAUUAUACUUGCGUGAUAGUAAAAAAUAUUUCAGACAAAUUGAAAGAUUAU